CCAAACCCCGCCCUUCCCUCUCCUUAAAAAUGUUUAUGCUUUGACUCAACCGCAGUCAUCUGACUCUCUCGAAAACAGAGGCCGUCGUCUUCAUUGUCGUCAAUUCGUCGCCGGAGAAACCCGCACUGACCUUGUCCUCCUCAUUCACUUUCACGUCGAUACAUGGCACCCGUUAGCCAGCUUCCUUGCGACGGAGGUGGCAUCUGCAUGAUCUGCAAGACAAAGCCAUCGCCUGAGGAGUCCCUUACUUGCAAGACAUGUACCACUCCGUGGCACGCCACUUGCCUUUCCUCCGAUUGUCCCCAAACCCUAGCCGACGCGCUCAGUUGGGAGUGUCCAGACUGCUCGCUUACCAAUCCUUUGCAGCCGCCGACGAUCGCCGGGAAGGACGGCAGCUCCGGUGACCUUGUCGCUGCGAUUCGAGCGAUUGAGUCGGACAAAUCACUGACUGAGUUGGAAAAGGCCAAAAAGAGACAAGAGCUCGUUAGCGGAGGUGUCCGAUCGCCCAAUGAUGACGGUGAGAACGCGAAUCCAAAGAAGGAGAAUUUCAACAGUGAUAAUGAUGUGUUUGGUAUUCUUGAUGGGAGCUUCAACUGUUCGUUUUGCAUGCAGUUGCCGGAGAGACCUGUUACGACACCAUGUGGCCAUAACUUUUGCCUGAAGUGCUUCCAGCGAUGGGUUGGACAAGGGAAACGUACAUGUGCAAAUUGCCGCAAUGAAAUUCCAUUGAAGAUGGCUAGCCAACCUCGAAUUAACUCUGCACUAGUUAUUGCCAUCCGAAUGGCAAAGAUGGCUAAAUCCAACAAUUCAGUGGGUGCACCGAAAGUUUAUCACUAUGUACAGAAUCAGAACAGGCCAGAUAAAGCAUACACUACAGAGCGAGCAAAGAAAGCUGGGAAGGCUAACGCAUGUAGUGGAAAGAUUUUUGUAACUGUCCCCCCUGAUCAUUUUGGGCCAAUUCUUGCAGAGAAUGAUCCCAUAAGAAAGCAAGGCGUGUUGGUUGGUGAGACAUGGGAGGAUAGGAUGGAGUGUAGACAGUGGGGUGCACACCUUCCUCACGUGGCAGGGAUUGCAGGUCAGUCAGAUUAUGGUGCACAGUCUGUGGCGCUGUCUGGAGGAUAUGAAGAUGAUGAGGACCAUGGUGAUUGGUUCCUUUACACAGGAAGUGGAGGAAGGGAUCUCAGUGGCAAUAAACGCACAAAUAAGGCACAUUCCUUUGAUCAGAGAUUUGAGAAGAUGAAUGAGGCAUUGAGAGUAAGUUGCCGGAAGGGAUAUCCUGUUCGAGUAGUGAGGUCUCACAAGGAAAAGCGUUCUUCUUAUGCCCCAGAAAAAGGGGUACGCUAUGAUGGGGUAUAUAGAAUUGAAAAAUGUUGGCGUAAAAAUGGAAAACAGGGUUAUAAGGUAUGUCGAUAUCUUUUUGUUAGAUGUGACAACGAUCCUGCCCCAUGGACAAGUGCUGAUGUUGGGGAUCGCCCUAGACCUCUGCCAGCUAUCAAGGAAUUAAAGAAUGCAGUUGAUAUAACUGAUAGGAAGGGAUCCCCAUCCUGGGACUUUGAUGAGGAAAAGAGCUGUUGGAUGUGGAAGAAUCCUCCACCUCAUAGUAGAAAACAGAUGGGUGGUGGAAACACUGAAGAGGGAAGGAGGAAAAUUAGGAAGCAAACCAAGAAUUUGUCUACCACAGAAAAGCUCCUCAAAGAGUUUAGCUGCCAAAUCUGUUGGAAUGUGAUGAAUUCACCCCUUACCACCCCCUGUGGUCAUAACUUCUGCAAAGCAUGUCUGGAAGGUGCCUUUGCAGGUCAGAGUUUCGUUAGAGAGAGGACAUGUGAAGGCAGAAGAACUUUACGAGCCCAAAAGAACAUUAUGAAAUGUCCCUCCUGUACAAAUGAUAUAGCUGAUUUUCUUCAAAAUCCUCAGGUUAAUAGGGAAAUGAUGAGUGUAAUAGAAACACUGCAGAGCAGAAGUGUUGAGGAGGAACAUUUUGAGGAGUCUUGUGAAGAAAUUGAUUGUGUGCCUGAAGCCAUGGAUGUAUCUGCUAGUGAUGCUGAAGUCUGUAACACAGACACCCAAGUUUUUGAAGAAGCCAAAGAUAUCACCACUGAAAGCAAACAGGAGAAGACACACAAUCAUGAUGGCAAUUCAACUACUGGAAAUCCAUUGCUUGAGCUGCCUGAUUCUGUGAAGGGUGAGAUUGAAAAUGGUUCUAUUAGUCAAGUCAGGCAAACUUGUAAGCGGAAAAAGUCUGGCAAUGGAGGCAAGAAUCCACCAUCAAUGGCUGUUGGUGUGAUGACCAGAAGCCGGAGAGCUAAUGAUUGUAAGCCUAAAGCCAUGGAUGUCAGUUGCAUUGCUAAUGGUACCGAAUUAUAUAAAGACAUUCAAAUUUUUGAAGAAGCCAAAGUUAUCACUGCUGAAAGCAAACAGCAGAAGAGACACAAGCGCAAGAAGGGAAGUGAUCAUGGUGGCAAUCCAACUACCGGUGAGAUUGAAAAUGAUUCUAUUAGACUUGGCCCAGGAAAAGAUAAUGAAGGAGCCCCAACCUCUGCACCUGAGAGUCAAGCAAAGCAAAUUCCUAAGCGCAAAAAGUCUGGCAAUGGAGGCAAGAAUUCACCAUCAAUAGCUGUUGGCGUGAUGACCAGAAGCCGGAAAGCUAAAAUGAUGACAGCUGAAUAAGCUGAGUUAGCAUCUGGUAUCCUGCUUCAUAUCUUGUUGCUUGUCACUGUUGUUCAAAAAUUGAAAACAUGCAACCGUUGCAAUGUUGGGGCAGUCCAAUGUUUAUUUUAGAGGGGUUUAUGUUACAUAGU